CCGCCGGACCGCGGGCCCUCAGCUCUACUGAGAGAUCAAAAUGGCUUCCAGAGGAAAGACCGAAACAAGCAAGUUAAAGCAGAAUUUGGAAGAACAGCUGGAUCGACUCAUGCAGCAGUUACAGGAUCUGGAGGAGUGCAGAGAGGAACUUGAUACAGAUGAAUAUGAAGAAACCAAAAAGGAAACUCUGGAGCAACUAAGUGAAUUUAAUGAUUCACUGAAGAAAAUCAUGUCGGGAAAUAUGACUUUGGUGGAUGAACUGAGUGGAAUGCAGCUAGCUAUCCAGGCGGCAAUUAGCCAGGCCUUUCAAACCCCAGAAGUUAUCAGAUUGUUUGCAAAGAAGCAACCAGGUCAGCUUCGGACAAGGUUGGCAGAGAUGGAUCGAGACCUCAUGGUGGGGAAACUGGACAAAGACCUGUACACGCAGCAGAAAGUGGAGAUCCUGACGGCGCUCAGAAAGCUGGGAGAAAAGCUGACCGCAGAUGAUGAAGCCUUCUUGUCCGCGAACGCAGGCGCCAUCCUCAGCCAGUUCGAGAAAGUCUCCACUGACCUUGGCUCUGGAGACAAAGUUCUCGCUUUGGCAAGUUUUGAGGUUGAAAAAAACAAAAAAUGACAUGGCGUGGAAGCCUGGGACCUUAAUGACAUCUCUGUCACAAAUGGCAUUUUUCUUCGGGGGAUUUGCGGCACAGCGGAGAACAUGAAGAGAUUCGCACAGUGUAUUCGUGGGGAGGUGCCGGGACCAGCCGUGCGCUUCUCUGCCGGGCCCGCCACCUCGCGCCUUCUGGUUUGUCUGAGGGAACAGAGCACUUAUUGCCUGUUCAUCUUAAGGCUCCUUGGGUUGGGUGAUAUUUUUUUUCUUUUUCUUUUCUUUCCUGCAGAUAAUUUAUCCCCACCUGGCGGAGUAAAUAAUGUAGCAA